AUGGCUACUACGACCGCCAUGAACAAAUGGAUUGAGGAGCUUGUCACGUCGCUGCUCCCCACGAACACCCCACCUUCAAAACUCAGGAAGCUGAAAUCUCAGUUUGGCCGGAACAUCAGGCACCACAAUUUCGGCAGAACUAAUCAAUUCUUAGUCGAAGAACGCCUGACCGGUCUAGAAGAGAAAUUCCAGGUGCUCGAUCACGAUGAUCUCAGUGAUGCUAUACAUAGACGCCGCGAUGAAUUGCGGCUCCACUUCGAUCAAUGGAUUCCCGACGCGUUGGACUUCCUGCUACACAUGUCACGAGAUCCGUUGACAGCUGGCGGGCUGGCAGCUCUGCAGAACGUUGUCAUUGAUGAUCUGGUAACGCCGCAGCUUACGUGGGCGGAGAUCGAGAAGGAUGACCCGAUCAACCGCAAGGACCGCAUGUGGCGGAUGCCGCAUUUUAGCGACGAGAGCUCCGAUGAGGAGAUCAUCGAAUCCAGUGCACCUUCAUCUCCAGAAAGUGCGAAGCGGCGAAAUGCUCCCGCAGCUAUCGACCUUCUAAGUCCACAGUUUGAGGUCAUCGAGCCAUCGGAAACGUUGGAGAGCCUUCGCAGCGGCAUGCUCAGCGCAGCAGAGGGUGAUAUCACCAUUACUGAGAUCCAAGCAAUUCGCGAGACCCUUUUUAUGCUCCAGGGUUUCCCAACGACAUUAUAUGCCAAGGAUAAUCGCAGCAUCAAGCUCAACACGAAGUACAAAAUCGUCCAUAUGAGCAUUCUUUCCUCCGUUGCCUCAAAAGCUAUUCUCAUGUCCAAGGCGGCAGGAAUAGUCCGCUCAUGGGUGUUCGUCAAUGAGAAAGAGCCUUUUGUCGAGGUACUGGAGGACAGAAUACAUGUCAUUGCGCAAGAGUUCGACGACUUUCUAGCACAGUCUCAGAGCGAGGUCAUUGCCAGUUCGAGCAAUGGUGGGGUUUGUAGCCUUCUUGAAGUCAUUGACAGCGUGUACCAGAACGCGCGAUCGAUCAUCAUGGCAGCACAAUUCGUCACUGCUGGCAAAGGCCAGGACGCGAUUGGCCUGGUCGAGAUUGCGUGCCAACAGGCUUGCCGACUUGAACUCUUCGACCAGCAAUCGGCAUUUCGCCCAAUGCUCAAGGUCUUUUGCGAGACUCUCAAGGCCUUUGUCGUACCUGUUAGCGCCUGGGUGGAGCAAGGCAUUUUGCCAGAGCGACCUAGCUGCUUCUUCGUUGAAAGGGCACAGGAGCAGGACGAAAAGGCUAAACUUUGGCACAACUGGUAUCUCUACCAUUCUGAAGGUCCAAAACGACUGCCGGAUUUUCUGCAGCAGUUCUCACAGCGGAUGUUCGUUGCCGGGAAAACGAUGGCGUUCAUCAAGGCUCUUCCACAGGAGCACAAACCCACUCACGCCGCGGCCUUGCGCCUUAACACGCUAGCCAGCGCCGUUGAGAAUGCCUAUCUUGCAUCUACCACAAGCCUGGCACCAUUUGCACCGACUUUGCUCGCAAAUAUACAGCACUAUGUCGAUGAGCAUCUCGACGCUGCCACUUCUGCAAUGCAGCAGAUGCUCGACAAGCACUUCAGUCUGACGGACACCUUGUCCGCACUUUCGCAUCUCUACUUCGCGGAGGCACCAUAUGCCACGUCAUGCGUAGAAGAACAGACCUUUGGCCCGCUCGACCGCGGCCGGCCUGGCUGGAAUGAUCGCUUCCUUAUCUUGGACAUCAUGCAGGAGGCUUUCGAUCAGGUUCCUUGCAUAGAUUCGAGCCGCAUCAUCGUCCAAUCGCACCGUUUGCCGGUCGCAGACCUGAUGCAGGCACGCCUGACGGUCAAAAUCCUCCAAAACAUUGCCAUAGAAUACACCAUUCCGUGGCCGAUUGCAAACAUCCUGUCCACAGACAGCAUAGCAUCCUAUCGCCGCGUCGCACUCAUGCUCAUGCAAAUCCGCCGUGCAAAGUACGUACUCGAAAGGUGCGCCUUUCCCAAUCUAGCAAAGCACGCCAGCUCCAAGAUCAGCGUUGAAGGCAUCUACCCCAACCUCCGACUCUUUACAGACAUUCUCUACGCGCAUUUGAUGCACUGCGUCGUCGGUCCUCUCACGGCCAAGAUGCGGCAGCGCAUAUACGGCACCGUCGACGAGAUGAUCGCUGUCCACAAAACCUACACGACCGCCCUGGAACGCGCAUGUUUCACAGCCAAGAAUCUCAAAGUAUUGCGUGAGACACUUGUGUCGCUGCUCGACCUCUGUGUCGGCUUCGGCUUCCAAGUGGCCGAGGCCACAAGCGAGCUUGAUGGCUUUGCACUGAGCAAGGUCAAGACGCAGUUCAGGAAGUUGAUGAACCUGCUGAUUGCUGGACUGCGAGGCUCGGCGAGAGCGGGUCUUGGAAGUAGUCACGCAAACGGGUCUACCACAGCAAUAAAAGGCGGGCUUGGUGCUGAAGUGGGCGACCUGCUAGAUCUUUUGGCUGACUCUCUCGAAAGUGCGGCGUUUAAAAUGUAG